CCCCCAAUCAAGUCCCUCUCCCUCAUCAGCCUGAAGAGCAAUCAGGGUUCCUUGCCCUGUGGGAAGUCCAAGGACCACCUACCUCCAUCGAGAUCUAGUAAGAGAAUUGAAGCUUCCUGGAUUCGUAGCUGGUCAAGUGCUGAGAAAAAGGGACUGUCAAGUGCUCAGCAUCAGAUGGGUCCUCACCUCAUCCCCUUGGGGCUCACGGAAGAGAGCGUGGACAGAAGGCCGGCGCUUGUGACGUGGUAAAAACUCAGGGGGAUGAUGUUCUUCAGUAAGAAGAAGCUGCCUGAAGUAGAGCGGGUGGUAAAAGCCAAUGACCGUGACUACAAUGAGAAAUUCCAGUAUGCGGACAAUCGUAUCCAUACGUCCAAGUACAACGUUCUCACAUUCUUGCCAAUUAACUUAUUUGAACAGUUCCAAAGAGUGGCGAAUGCCUAUUUCCUUUUUCUCCUGAUACUACAGCUCAUUCCAGAAAUCUCUUCCCUGACCUGGUUCACCACCAUCGUGCCUCUGGUCCUGGUGAUCUCCAUGACAGCUGUCAAGGAUGCUACCGACGACUAUUUUCGUCAUCGGAGUGAUAAUCAAGUGAAUAACCGGCAGUCGAAAGUACUAAUCAACAGCAAGUUGCAGAAUGAAAAAUGGAUGAACGUUAAAGUUGGAGACAUCAUUAAAUUAGAAAAUAACCAAUUUGUUGCUGCCGACUUGCUGCUCCUGUCAAGUAGUGAGCCACAUGGGCUCUGCUAUGUUGAAACAGCUGAGCUCGAUGGGGAAACAAAUCUAAAAGUCCGUCAAGCGCUGCCUGUCACCUCAGAACUGGGAGCAGAUAUUAGCAGCCUUGCAAAGUUUGAUGGGACGGUCGUCUGUGAGGCACCUAACAACAAGUUAGACAAGUUCUCUGGAGUCCUUUCUUGGAAGGACAGCAAGCACACUCUCAGCAACCAGAAGAUAAUCCUGAGAGGCUGCGUCCUGAGGAACACCAGCUGGUGCUUUGGAAUGGUGCUUUUUGCAGGUCCUGACACUAAACUAAUGCAGAACAGUGGCAAGACAAAGUUGAAAAGGACAAGCAUUGACAGAUUGAUGAAUACCCUGGUCCUGUGGAUUUUUGGAUUUCUGGUAUGCCUGGGAAUUAUUCUUGCAAUAGGAAAUUCAAUCUGGGAGAGUAAAAUUGGAGACCAGUUCAGAAAUUUCCUUUUUCGGAGCGAAGGCAAGAAGAGUUCCUUAUUCUCAGGAUUCUUAACUUUCUGGUCAUAUGUUAUCAUCCUCAACACACUUGUGCCCAUUUCGUUAUAUGUGAGCGUGGAAGUAAUCCGCCUGGGACACAGUUAUUUUAUAAACUGGGACCGGAAGAUGUAUUACACUGCCAAGGCAAUGCCUGCCGAGGCCCGGACAACCACACUCAAUGAAGAACUGGGCCAGAUUGAAUAUAUUUUCUCCGACAAAACAGGAACUCUCACUCAAAACAUCAUGACUUUCAAAAAAUGUUCCAUCAAUGGGAGAGUCUAUGCAGGUGAAGUACUAGAUGACCUGGGCCAGAAGAAAGAAAUAACUAAGAAAAAGGAGGCUGUGGACAUCCCAGGCAAAUCUCAGUCAGAAAGAGUGCUUCAUUUCUCUGACCACAGUCUGAUGGAAGCCAUUGAAUUGGGGGACCCCAAAGUGCACGAAUUCCUUCGCUUGCUUGCUCUCUGCCACACUGUAAUGUCAGAGGAGGACGGUGCAGGACAGCUGGUUUACCAAGUUCAAUCACCCGAUGAGGGAGCUCUAGUUACCGCUGCUAGAAAUUUGGGGUUUGUUUUCAAGUCUCGCACCCCAGAGACAAUAACAGUGGAAGAAUUGGGAACACCUGUUACUUAUCAGUUACUUGCCUUUUUGGAUUUCAACAACAUCAGGAAAAGGAUGUCUGUCGUAGUUCGAAAUCCAGAAGGACAGAUAAAACUUUAUUCCAAAGGAGCAGACACUAUUUUGUUUGAGAAACUCCAUCCUUCCAACAAAGACCUGCUGUCUUUGACAUCAGACCAUCUCAGUGAAUUUGCAGGCGAAGGCCUUCGCACCUUGGCGAUUGCUUACAGAGAGCUUGAUGACAAAUUCUUUAAAGUGUGGCAGGAGAUGCUCGAAGAUGCAAAUGCCGCCACCAUGGAGAGGGAUGAAAGGAUAUCUGGGCUCUAUGAAGAAAUUGAAAGAGAUUUGAUGCUACUAGGUGCCACUGCCGUAGAAGAUAAGUUACAAGAAGGUGUUAUUGAAACAGUUACAAGUCUAUCUCUAGCCAAUAUUAAGAUCUGGAUUCUAACAGGAGACAAACAAGAGACUGCCAUUAACAUUGGUUACGCCUGCAACGUGCUGACGGACGCCAUGGAUGCCGUGUUUGUGAUAACGGGGAACACAGCUCUAGAAGUGCGGCGAGAACUCAGGAAAGCCAAGGAAAAUUUGUUUGGACAAAACACGAGUUUUUCCAAUGGACAUGUACUUAAUGAAAGUAAGCAGCAGUUGGAGUUGGACUCGGGUGCAGAAGAAGCGGUUACAGGAGAAUAUGCCUUAGUCAUAAACGGCCACAGUUUGGCCCAUGCCCUAGAAAGUGAUGUGGAGAACGAUCUUUUGGAACUCGCCUGCAUGUGCAAGGCUGUGGUCUGCUGCAGAGUCACCCCACUCCAGAAGGCCCAAGUAGUGGAGCUGGUCAAAAAGCACAGGAACGCUGUUACCUUGGCUAUUGGCGAUGGGGCCAAUGACGUCAGCAUGAUUAAAAGUGCUCACAUUGGCAUUGGCAUCAGCGGCCAGGAAGGCCUGCAAGCAGUCUUGGCCAGCGACUAUGCUUUGGCUCAGUUUAAGUAUCUCCAGCGGCUGCUUCUUGUUCACGGGAGGUGGUCCUACUACAGGAUGUGCAAGUUUUUAUGCUAUUUCUUCUACAAGAACUUCGCCUUCACCCUCGUGCAUUUCUGGUUUGCCUUCUUCUGUGGUUUCUCGGCACAGACUGUUUAUGACCAGUGGUUCAUCACUCUUUUUAACAUCGUGUACACAUCACUACCUGUUUUAGCCAUGGGGAUAUUUGACCAGGAUGUGAGCGACCAGAACAGCAUGGACUAUCCUCAGCUCUACGAACCUGGACAGCUGAAUCUACUUUUCAACAAGCGUAUCUUUUUCAUCUGUGUGGCACAUGGAAUCUACACUUCGUUAGCCCUUUUCUUCAUUCCCUAUGGGUCCUUUUACAACGUGGCUGGAGAAGGCGGGCAGCCCAUUGCUGACUACCAGUCCUUUGCGGUUACCAUGGCCACAUCCUUGGUCAUUGUGGUCAGUGUACAGAUAGCCUUGGACACCAGUUACUGGACGGUGAUUAAUCAUGUCUUCAUCUGGGGCAGUGUGGCUACGUAUUUCUCCAUUUUACUGGCCAUGCACAGUAACGGCAUCUUUAGAAUCUUCCCGCACCAGUUCCCCUUUGUCGGAAACGCAUGGCACUCCUUGAGCCAGAAGUUCGUCUGGCUUGUUGUUCUCUUGAUCGCAGUGGCUUCGGUCAUGCCGGUGGUGGCUUUCAGAUUUCUGAAGAUGUAUUUGUACCCAAGCCUAAGUGAUCAGAUCCGCAGGUGGCAGAAGGCUCAGAGAAAGGAAAGGCCCAUCCGAAGCCGAAGGCCUCAGACCCGCAGGUCAAGCUCCAGAAGAUCCGGGUACGCGUUUGCUCACCAAGAGGGCUACGGAGAGCUCAUCACAUCUGGAAAAAAUAUGCGAGCUAAAAAUCCAGCCCCGACAUCAGGGCUGGAAAAGAUGCUUUACAACAACACGAGCUGGAUUGAAAAUUUAUGUAAGAAAACCACAGACAUGGUGAGCGGCUUUAGUCACGAUAAGACAGUGAAACUGUGAGUCAAGACAGACUUGAACCACAAGGCUUUCUUUACACCUCCUCUGGGGCUGAGCUUCAGCUGCUCAGGGGCCAAGAACAGGGCAGAUCGCCUUGCUUACAUCUGUGGCCUCCAGUUGUCAAUGCCUGUCACAUACUGGUGUGUUCUGCAGGGAACGGGGCCCCAUGGGCACCAUCCAGUUUGUGAGUCUGUGGACCAAGCCCUCCGUCAAGAGACAAGCACAGAAUUUUAUUAACUUAAACAUCAAUUGAUCUGAAUUUUGAAUCUUAUUUAUGGGGGAGAAAAAGCUUGUAAAUUAGCAUCUACACUGGAUGGGUCCUGGGUCUGUAAAAGGGUGAAACGCAGGUUUACAGAUACACCGUGUAUGUGAGGCUCUGCCUUUCCCAAAGGCAACCACAGAGUUUACAGUCUGCAGUAUGGUGCUCUCAGACUGAGAGUCAGUCUCUCUCCAGUUGUGACCUCAGUUUACCAGUCCAUCCCGGACAACAAACUGUCACGUGCCUGAAGAACACGCAAAAAAAAAAAAAAAAAAAAAAAAAAAAAAAAAAAAAAAAAAAAAAAAAAAAAAAAAAAAGCCCAUGGAGUUCCCUGUUUUCCAAACCAGCCCAGGGACAAAACAGGCUGAAUAUCUUUGCAGAGGGGCUGCUAAUGUGGUCAGAUUUAUUCAGAAAGUGUUUAGUCUGUUCUAUGUAGGGACCAAAUACGGGAGUGGCUCCCCAGGAAGUCUCCGAAUGUCCCCGUGUGGCUUGUGUAGCGAUGUCAGUAGCCAUCUGUAGCACGUUACAGACUGCGGAUGGAACCCUCAGAGUGGUGGACCGCCAUACUCUUUCGAGAGUGUUCCGUAUAGCCUAGUGCCAAAGCUGCUGAUGGAUCCCAUUUUCAAAAGUUAAGAAUUGAAAGGGAGUGGGUUAAUAGGCAAUCUCUACUGUUACUAUUUACUCAGGUUUAGGUCAUGGAGACGCAAUUCCUCUUAGGAUCCAGCUGUCUUGUUUAUAACUCAAACAUCUAAAUAGACGGAUGGGUGGGGCUGAGCUUUAAAACAGAGAUUGUAGGCCGGACUUGGGAUGGCUGGACGAGCCACUAGUUUCUUUCCUCCAUAGGCUCUAUGCUCAAAUUGUUGCUCUGCCACCUUUUACCUCUGUGGUGGGCAGGCGAUGUGCCUUUGGAGACCGGGUUUCCUCCUCUACCCAAUGAGGAGGGACUACCUACCUCAAGUGGUUGAUGACCAUCAAGCACAAGUUCUCAAACUAUUAGGAAUACAGUUCUCAAUAGGAAUGUACAAGUUAGGCUUCAGAUAGCUCCUCAUCAAAACCACAGCCACCGGAAGAGACCGCAGGACCUGGGCUGUCAGUCGUGAGUGGGAUGAGGUGAGAUUGCUAAGUAUGAUAGAAAGCAAGUGAAAUUAUAGCCCGGGGAGUAUAUUUAGCUGCAAGGAAGUGAAAUAAAGCAUCAGGUCUUACUAGUUUUCCAAAAUCAGCCUUUGGUUUUCUCCUUUCUCUGGUCUCUAUUCAAUUGCUGAUCAGGUGAAAGUACUUUCCACAGAGAGCUAGCUAAUCCUCUGUGGCCUUGAUAGAUGACGGGCUAGGAUGGUUUUAAUAGGUCAGUGUCCCCUGCCCAGGUGGUCUUGGUUUCUAAGGGUAAUUCUUUUCUGAAUGGUACUUAAUGAGACAAUAUGUAUUCAGGAAUCUAAUACCUAGAGCUUAAACCAAUGACCAAAGCUUGUAGCUAUUUCUUUUUUCUCUACAUAUCUACCUAGAAAAAAAGUAAGAUGUGUGUGUGUGUGUGUGUGUGUGUGUGUGCCUCAUGAUCAGGUUCAGUGUGCUUGGUUAUGUUUUAUAACAACUUCACAAACUUUGGAAAUUUUCAGUAAAUUUUUUGCAACUCUU